AUGACUGUAAUCGAUCCCAAAAUUUUUCUCGAUAUUGAAGAAAAUCAAUUACCGUUAUCAUCUUCCGAUCCAGACUUUGAAGAAGACAAUUCACCAUUUGAUAACAUGCCGAUGUCGCCAGCCCUUCUUAAGAAUAUGUUUACGCAGAUUCUCACAAGAACAUCACGAGGAAAAAGGGG